AUGCCGCCCAAACGUAUGACAGCGAACCCGGCGAAGCCAGCGCGAUAUCGUGCUGGUAAACCCACGGGUGUAGAGUCCGAUUCCGACUCUGACGCCAGCGAAAAUGAAGAGCCCACUGAGCCAGCCCUCCCUCCACCACCAAAAGCGGCCAGCGCUGGGAAAAUAUCAUCCAGUAACUUGGGGAAGGUCGACCUCGAUGCGCGAAGAAAAGAAGCACAGGCUGCUGAGGAACGAAGAAUCGCGAAAGAGAAGGCAGAGCGUUUGGCUGUCGAGGAGGGUUUCGUGACAGAGGAAGAGGAAGAGAGCGAGGAGGAAGAAGACGACGAUGAUGAGGAGGAAAGCGAAUCAGAGGAGGAGAGCAGUGAGGACGAAGCACCACGGAGAAAGAUGAUGCAACUGAAGUUCGUACCGAAAAACAAAAGAGGAAACGGCAAGGACCCCGAGCAGGAGGCGGAAGAAGCACGACAAGCCGAGGAAGAGGCCCGCAAGAAAGCUGCCGACGAGCUAGUAGAAGAGCAGAUCAAGAAAGACCUUGCCGCGCGCGCAGCAGGCAAAACACACUGGAUAGAUGACGAUGCCGAAGCCUCAGAUGUGGACACAACAGACGGGCUGGACCCGGAGGCUGAAGAAGCAGCCUGGCGCGUCCGCGAACUCAAGCGCUUGAAGCGUGCGCGCGCUGUCAUCGAAGAGCGUGAAAAGGAACUCGCGGAAGUCGAGCGCCGAAGAAACCUAACAGAAGAAGAGCGACAAGCCGAAGACGAAGAAUUCUUGGCGAAACAAAAGGAGGAGAAGGAGGGCAAAGGUACGAUGGCCUUCAAGCAACGCUAUCUGCACAAAGGUGCCUUCUACCAGGAAGAAAUGAAGGAAGCUGGCUUGGACAAGCGAGAUAUAAUGGGCAGCCGCAUCCAAGACGACGUACGGAAUCGGGAAGCCCUUCCAGAAUAUUUGCAGCUUCGCGACAUGUCCAAGCUGGGACGCAAGGGUGGGACAAAAUACAAGGAUAUGCGCACUGAAGAUACAGGUCGAUGGGGAGAUAUUGGAGAUGGCAGAAGGAGAGGAGGUGGACGUUAUGAAGACGACGACCGUUUCAGGCCAGACGACGAUCGGUUCCGUCGCGAUGAACGGAGCGCUGGCGGCGCAAAUGCCAUUCCUCUUGGCGACCGGAAGAGGGAUGACCGACGGCACAGAGAUGACAGACACAGUCGACCCAGAUCGCGGUCAAGGUCAAGAUCACCGCGGCACGAUAGAGAUAGAGACGAUUACCGACGUCGCAAGAGAAGUACAUCGCGCGAUGAUGAGCGUUACGACAGUGACAAGAGACGUAGGAUGGACGACAGGUAG